UAUCAACAAACCGGUGGUUGCGCGCGACAGUCCCGCUUAAAUAAAAAUAAAUUCCAGUCAACGGGUUAUUGAUUCGAAAAAGUGCUGCUAUUCAAACAUGGUGAAUAAUUUUCUAUGGUGGAAACAACUUUGCUACCCCAAACGUCAGUUUGCCAACUCGACAAUUUUUAACUCCUACUCAACAUAACAAGAAACUUAUUAGUAAUAACAACACACAACAACACUAUUAUCCACUUACUCAACAACAUCAACAACAACUGUCGUUUAAUUCCAACAAUUGCUAAGGGAGAGUCAUCCGAGGAUUAAAUGAAUGCAACUGGAGUUGAUGUUGAGCCUGUAAACGACAGCAGCAACAACAACAGCAAGGAUUCGUCAGGGCGAGGAGAACUUUUUUAAUUUACGAGUCUAGUUUUUGUGUGUGUUUGUUUAGUCCGCGAUUAAUUGUACAUUUUUUAUUUAAUUAUUGUAUACUUUCGGGCAGAGCUGGUCCUCAGCUUUUGAAGUGGGAUAGAGGGAGAGGAGAUUGCAUUAUUCAGGGAAAUUAUUAAUUAAGUCAACCAGGCUUCUUCGCACCUUGCGAGUUCCAAACGGCGAGUUGUUGCCCAAUUUUCAUUAUGAAAAUAACGACAAUGAAGUUUAAGCGCAAAUAUGGCUGUUUAGAGAAUAUUUGAAAGGAAUUUCUCAAUUAUUAACCAAUUAAGAUUUUUUGUUUCGACCCUCAUUUGUUACUCGUAGUCUUGUAUUUUAUAAGUUUUGAACGAUUGUUUUGCACAAUUUAAGUCACUCACAAACCACAUCACAGUUAAAUUCGCAAAUCCCCCUAACAUUUUUGAGUUUUGGUUUUAAAAGGAGAAAAGGAAAAGGUAGGGAAGGUAAUCAGUAUUCAGUUAGAGUUGGAGAGUUUAGAGGCUUGGACAGGAGGCAAAGAAGAGAUAGAGAGAGUUUGAAUUACAUUUAAUUAACACCAAACAACACAACAACACCGCAAACGUCAACAUGGAGAGCUUCUCGCCGGAUUUAUUAUGGAUGGUGGUCAUUGGCUUUAUGAUUGCCUUUAUUCUGGCCUUUGGAAUCGGUGCCAACGAUGUGGCCAACUCUUUUGGCACUAGUGUAGGCUCUGGGGUUCUUACCAUCCGUCAGGCCUGCGUUUUGGCCACCAUAUGCGAGAUAUCGGGUGCAGUUUUGAUUGGCUACAAGGUGUCGGACACCAUGCGCAAAGGAAUCCUGGAAGUGGGCUUGUACGAGGGCGCCGAGGAAGUGCUAAUGCUGGGCUGCGUUUCUGCUUUAGCCAGCAGCGCCGUUUGGCUGCUGGUGGCUACCUUCUUGAAGCUGCCCAUCUCGGGUACACACAGCAUUGUAGGCUCCACCAUCGGCUUCUCGCUGGUGGCUCGUGGCGUCCAGGGUCUGAAAUGGUCCACACUGGGCACCAUCGUCGGCUCGUGGUUCAUUUCGCCCGUGAUGAGCGGUAUUGUGAGCAUCGUUUUGUUCCUGGCCAUAAGACGCUUUAUCCUGCGUGCUCAGGAGCCACUGAAGGCGGGUUUCCGCUCGUUGCCCAUCUUCUACGGCGUGACAUUCUUCAUCAAUGUUAUCAGCGUGGUGUUAGAUGGACCCAAGCUCCUUUACAUGGACAACAUCCCUACUUGGAUAGCGGUGGGUGUCAGCCUGGGUCUUUCCUUGCUGGUGGCUUUGCUCACGCAGCUUGUGGUUGUGCCGCUCCAGCGCCGUAAGAUCGCCAAACGAUUGCGCGCCGAGAAUCCUGUCAAGUUUAACUUCGAGGACUCUGUCGAAUCAUCACCUUCGGGCAGUCCCAAGAAGCAGCGCCGUCCCCUCUCAUUGGUCAGCGAGGGUAAACCCUUGCCAGCCAUUGCGGAGAUCACCGAGCUGGUCUCGCUUAGCGAUAACUCGCCCAAGACCUUUAAGCUGGCCCCCUUCGGCCUGGCGGCCAAGAACAACAAUGCGCCCGGCGAGGAGUACAAGAUCGAUCCGCAGUUGAUCAAGAAGGCUGAGGAUCUACUGGGCAAGGCUAGCCUGGACAACACCGACCUGACCAUCACCAGCCUCAACUUCAUCGACGAGCAGCAGCAGCAGCAGCAACACCAGCACCAGCAGAACGGACGCAAGUUGCAGGAGUGCUUUAAGAGGGUGCAAUCACCGAAGGAAGAGCCAAAGCACAAGGGUAACGUGGCCGGAAUGGAUGUGGGAGUUGUUGGAGCUAGUGCCAAGGCCACCAACAACAAUCUGCAAGUGGUGGAGAGCGGUGGCAGCCUGGACUUGAUGAUCAGUUCCACACUAUCGCCCAAUUCCAGCAAAGUGCCGCUGAUCGAGAGCAAAGAGGCCCUGAAUGAGCAAGAGGAUGAAUUCAAGCGAGCGGCAGCUGCGGAAGGACGAAGGACCAGCGGCGGCGAGGAGACCCAGGAGAUCUCAAUGCUUUUCUCGUUCCUUCAGAUCCUCACGGCCACCUUUGGCAGCUUCGCACACGGCGGCAAUGAUGUGAGCAACGCCAUCGGCCCACUUAUUGCCCUGUACAUGAUCUAUCGCGAGGGCUCGGUUAUGCAGCGGGCGGAAAGUCCCAUCUACAUUCUGAUUUACGGCGGCAUUGGCAUCUCCGUGGGUCUCUGGCUCUGGGGAAGGCGUGUCAUCGAGACCAUUGGCAAUGACCUCACCAAAAUUACCUCAUCGACUGGCUUCACCAUUGAAAUUGGAGCCGCCAUCACCGUACUGCUGGCCAGCAAAAUUGGUUUGCCCAUUUCCACCACUCACUGCAAGGUUGGUUCGGUGGUUUUCGUGGGUCAUGUGAGUGCUGCGGGUCGCAAGAAGCGUCAGUCGAACGAGCAGGAUCUGGAGAAGGAGGCAGCGCAGGCCCAUCCAACUGCCGCGGCCAUGGAAGAUGGCAGUGUUGACUGGCAUCUGUUCCGGAAUAUUGCCUACGCCUGGAUUGUGACAGUGCCGGUUACGGCUCUGCUUAGCGCCGGAAUGAUGUAUGUGCUCUGUGCCAUCGCUGUGGACGACUUGGGCCAGGCCUAGAGGGCGUGCCAUUCAAUUAUUAAUUGUAGUUGCAAAACUAAAAGUAACGUUUCGUAAUUGUACAAGUUGGAAAACACAAAGCUUAAGAUUAAACACGCAAGAGAAACACACAAGGAAAAGUGAAAAGUCUUAACAAAAUUAAUAAACUCGCCUAACUAUAACAUUGUACUUAGGUCAUAGAACGUCUCUGAGCCUAACUGAUAUUAUUAUUAUUUAAUGUGUAAUGCCGUGAUUUGAUUUUAUAGUUUACCCGUCGAAUUUUUUUCGUAUCCCAAAGUCACUGAUGUUUUUGUAGACCCGGUCCGAACCCACUCAAUAUAUAUUUUAUAAUUGCAAUUAUAUCCAUUAAUAGAGCAGAGCAAAACACUUGAAUAAAAUACAAAACUAUGUACAACAA